UGAGGGUUAACACGUUUUAAUGCUUUACUCACGUUGGCUGCAGUGAAGGAGUGCCCACAGGUUUUGGUAGCGGGCCGUGUCGUUGGCACUGUAUUGUUUUACAGAUGUACAACUUUAUGCUAAGGAGAUGUGUCAGAGGUGCAUGAGGCAAAUGGUGGUCAAAGGCAAAUGGUGGUCACACCAGAGAGUGACUGGUUUUCUGAUCUACGCCCCUACAUGUUUUUGAAGUUAUCUUUGACCAACAGACCCAUAUCUGUAUUCCCAGUCAUGUGACAUCCAUAGAAUAGGGCCUAUUAAAUUUAUUUUAAUUGACUGAUUUCUUUAUAUGAACUGUAACUCGGUAAAAUCAUUGAAAUUGUUGCAUGUUGCAUAUAUAUUUUUGUUCAGUAUAGAAUGAAGCAUUGGUACCAUGACUGUGUUAGAAAAUAAAUGGUAUAUCCACGAUAUUGGCCGCGAAGAUCACUAUACUCCCAUUGAUUAUAAAGGCGCUGACAGAUAGAGGACGGGGUGGCCUUUUCAUUUUCUAUGAAGCCUAGGUGGGGGCGAAAUUCAAACCCAGGUGGAGUGGUCAGCGGUGAGCACCAGUGGAAGCCGAUCAGCCUAGGUGGAAAGCUGUGUUGUUGACCAAUCACAGUAGAAAACUGUGAAAAAUGUGUAGUCUGUUUGGUGAUACGUCAACACUUACGUCCAACAGCAGGACCAGCUAACUUGCCCGCUGGCUAGCUAGCAGGCUAACACUAUCAGUCACGUUUAACAAUACAAAUCAUUUGUUUUUGAGUAAUAAUUUCUGUUGUGUUAGGAUUUAUGUUUAUGCACUAUAGGCUGUUAGCAUAUUGAUUGAAGGUGAAUGAUGUUUUGUUGCACACACACACACACAAUACAGAGGGGGGUAGGUGUGUAAAAACUGACCACCACAGGCCAUAAAAGCUGUGGACAGUCUGGAGAGGGGAGGGGUGCAUCUCUCUAGACCAGCCAGGAGUUUAGAAUACUGGACAAUACCAUAUUAGGAACUGUUUCAGUGAAUGGUCGAGGGGGACACAAGAUGGAGCUGCUCUACCCAACAACCAGAUGUGGAGAAGGAAAACGCCAAGGGGCUUGGACAAGUUUGGGGGCCCACAAAGGAGGAGCAAGAGUAUGAACCAUGCUAAACCUCUACUAUGAUAGGCCAACUGGACAAGUUGAGAAUAAACUUGUCAUAGUAUAAAACUACUAUUUUGAGUACAUUCCACAGUUCUCUGAUCUACCCUGCGCGGAGAUCCAGUGAACCCGUAUAUACGAAAAUUGCAUUUACCAUUUAUCGUUUGAGUUUAAUUAAAAUAUAUUCGGUGACUAUGAAUCACAUUUUGUCCUGAUGCCAGAUUUGAACUGACGCAAAUCUCUUUCAGUUGCAUGUAAGAACAUUUUAAUGAAUGCUUAUAUCGAUUCACUUUUUGCACGUUAGUAAUGUUUAUUGAUUUUGUUCCUAUGGUCACUGGCGGCUGUCGCCCUUGUACGUGAAGGCACUAGCCCCUUUGAGUAGAGGGACAAGUGGGGUACUUCGCGCCGGCAAGGUACUCGCCGAUAUUCUGGUGGGUGUCUGAAAAGCUCUUAAUGGGGAUCCUGCUUUCUGAAAACAUUGCCUGCAGUACCCCGGUCGGCCUUGAACUUGAAAUCCUCAUUGAGAGGGGGCAGUCGUUCACUAGCGCUCAGAGUUCAAAUAAAUUGUAUGAAGUAAGUAAACGGGCCGUAACAGAGACUUGCCAUAUCAAGGAUAAUGUCUACUAUGACCAAUAGAGGUCAGUGAGUGAUCAGAUUAGCUAUACAAGAUUGGUAACCUAAAACAAUCUCUCUCUCGUUGCUAGGAGCCUGGAGCCAAACUCCUCAGUGGGUAGUUCAGAUGACAGUGAGAUGGAUUCACAAGGAUCUGGUGUUACACAUCAAAGGAAGUGUGACAUAUGUGUGGGGCGCAUUCACAAAGCUGUGAAGUUCUGCAAGGAUUGUAAGGUUGCGUACUGUGAGAACCAUGUUAGAGACCACGACAAGGUCCCAGGACUGAUGCAACACACGUUAGUGGAUGCCACUGACGACCACGGCCAUGUUGAAAUAGAAAGGACUUCAGCUCAGGUUGGCUUAUGGAAAAAAACCUUAGGCCUUCUCUGGAUCCUCAUACCCUCACUUCUGGGUCUGGGACGACUUUGGUAUCAUAUGAGUCCCACAGUGGAUGGUAAGGUGAGGCUUGACAUGAGGAUUGUUCUGCUGGGUAAGACUGGAUCAGGGAAGAGUUCAACAGGAAACACCAUCCUGGGGAGAGAGGCGUUUCGAGCAGAGGCUUCUCCAGUGUCUGUGACCACACAGUGUGAGAAACAAAAUGUUGUUAUUGGUCAGAAUAGAAUAACUGUGAUUGACACCCCAGGUAUCUUCAGCACGUUGUUACAAUCUGAUGAAGUUAUGGUUAAAACUGCUGAAUGCAUUAACACCACACCUCAUGUCUUCCUAUUGGUGACCAGGCUGGGGGAAUUCACAGAUAAGGACAGAAAGUCAGUUCAAUGGAUCCAGGAACAUUUUGGAGAGGAGGCUUUAAAGUACACGAUCGUUCUGUUCACUGGGGUAGACCAGCUAGAGGGGAAACCAGUAGAGAUGUUUAUAAAGGGCAGCAGCCAUCUACUACAAGUCAUUAACAGUUGUGGGGACAGAUACCAUGUCUUUAACAACAAGGACAAGAAUGACAACACUCAGGUCACAGAGCUGCUAGAGAAGAUAGAAGAAUUACUGAAUGAGUAUAGGGGUUAUCAUCAUGAGGCAGACUUGCUGACACAGGAAAGGGUUAGGGAAGAGGAGAUGAGGAAGAGGGAGAGGGCUCAGAUAAUACAAGAGGAGGGGAUAAAGAGGGAAGCAGCAGUGAGAAAUGUAAGAGAGGAGGAGGAGAAAAAGAGGGAGGCAGCAGAAAGGGAGAUCAGAGAGGAGGAGGAGAAAAAGAGGGAUGCAGCAGAAAGAGAGAUCAGAGAGGAGGAGGAGAAAAAGAGGGAUGCAGCAGAAAGAGAGAUCAGAGAGGAGGAGGAGAAGAAGAGGGAUGCAGCAGAAAGAGAGAUCAGAGAGGAGGAGAAGAAGACUGUUGAAAAAUUGCAAGAGAGAGAUUCAGCAUGGAUUUUUCUGUCUGUCAUUUCUAUCCCCGCUCUGAUCUUGCUUUUGUUCUGGAUUUCUACUAGGCAGAGGGAAAUUAGACCGGAUGACGAAGAAUUUAGGAUGAAAAACAUGUGAUCUUUUUUCAUUUAUGUAAAAAUAAUAAUAAUAAUGUUAAUCUAGAGCCUCAACUCUGGUUCUGGAAGCCAGUUCCACUGCAUUUUUUCAUUAGUCUCCUCUAAUCAGAGACUGAUUUAGACCUGGGACACCAGGUGUGUGCAAUUAAUUAUCAGGUAGAACAGAAAACCAGCAGGCUCUGGACCUCGUAGGGUAAGAGUGGAGUAACCCUGAUCUAGAGGAACCGACGAUCAGAUCAACAAAAACAGUAUGACAAUAAAGAACACAUGGUUUCCAUGUGUUUGAUGCCAUUCCAAUUGCUCCGUUCCAGACAUUAUUAUGAGCUGUCCUCCUCUCAGCAGCUCCCACUGCCCUAAAAACACCGUCAUGGACCUAAUGGUCUACACCAGGGCUGCCCAACCAUCUUCCUGGAGAUCUACUGUCCUGUGGGUUUUCAAUCUAACUCUAAUUUAACACACCUGAUUCUACUAAUUAGCUGCUCAACAACACCUUAACUAGCUGAAUCGGAUAUGCUAAAUUAGGGUUGGACUAAUUUGGCCAAUAUCCCUCGUUUUAUUGAUGGCACUAGCUGUGCCAGGUCAGAUCGGAAUGCAGAUAUUGUUUUUAUGCAGAAUUCAGAAUAUUUGAAUGAAAAUAUGUCUCCAUUUGGAUUGAAACCUAGCUAUAGACAGCCUAAAGACUAUGGCAAGUGCGCUAGUCCAUUGCCACUUUGAUUAUGCCUGCAAAUCAUGGUUCACCAGCAGCCCUAAGCAU